UAACAUUUAUUUUAGUUUUAUUUAAAAAUUCUUUCUAAUUUAGUAUAUAUCUGAGCAAACGUGGUCUAAGGGAUCUAAACAUUGUAGGUAGGGUUUCAGUGAUGCUUAACUGAUGCGUCCAUUACAUAUAAAAUUUUGCCUAUAAAUCUGGUGAUCUCCGAAUCCAAAAUCAAAAAUCUAAAACGGGUCGGUUGGGGUGAUGGAAGUCGCUCAACGACCCGACCCAUUUGCCCUCAUGCAUACAAAAAUGAUGAUACAUGACUUGGAAGAACCAAAAGGAGAACCCUAAAAUUAUACCAGAUUCUUACACAAAAAAGUAUUAUAGCUGAGUUGUAACUGCCACUGGUGUAGCCGAAUAACACAAAAGCGACAUGUCAGCAUGAUUCCCAUCUCCGUGAGUUCCUGCGUUACCAAAUUAUUUCCGGACAACGAUCCGGAAGGAAAGGGCCAAUCACCACCCUCUUGCCCUCUCUUUUAGGCGCCGUCUCCUAAAAGCCCCCACCCUCUCCUUCCCUCUCCGCUUCUGUCGUCUUUCUCGACGCCAGAGACCGAGAGCGAGAAAGAGAGAGAGGGAGGAAGAGAGAGCAAGCGAGAUGGUGAUGUGGGUAUUCGGCUACGGCUCUCUCAUAUGGAAGACGGGCUUCCACUACGACGAGCGGGUCGUUGGCUUCAUCCGAGGAUACCGCAGAGUCUUCUACCAAGGCAGCACCGAUCACCGAGGGACCCCUGAUUUUCCCGGGAGAACCGUCACGCUGCAGGCCUUCCCCGGAGAACUCUGCUGGGGGGUUGCAUACAAAAUAUCUAGAGAGGAAGAUCAGAAGAAUGCAUUAGAAUACCUAGAAGUAAGGGAAAAGCAAUACGACUCAAAGGUUUAUCUUGAUUUCUUUACUGACCCGGAUUCUACGACUCCAACUAUCAAUGGUGUAAUGGUAUACAUGGCUUCACCGGACACGAGGACCAAUAAGAAUUACUUAGGACCAGCACCACUAGAAGAAAUGGCCAAACAAAUCAUCCAUGCUGGAGGACCAUCCGGACCCAACAGGGACUAUGUUUUCCAUCUUGAAGAUGCAUUAAACCAAUUGGGAUGCUUGGACUUGCAUGUCAGAGAUGUUGCUAAUGCUGUCCGAAAAUUUCUCUUAGAGAUGAAGACUGGUUCAUAAGUUCGAUUCUUGGCAUUAUACCUCCAAUAUUGCUUGUGAAUUUGAGCACAAUAGAAUGCUCAUCACCCCAUGUACUUGAUUAUUUAUUUCUGUAACUUCAGCUUGGCUCAGUGUCAUAGUUUACUGGACCAGAUUUUGUGGUUGCAAAUGCUGGUAUUUUUAACCCUUUCUAAAGUUGUUAAAUGCCAUCAGCAAUAGGAACAUUAGAUUGUUAUACAGGUAAGGUGCUUUUCUGUGUAUGUUAACCUUAUUAUUCACUUGAUUCUUGUGAUUUAAGAGCAUUUCUAA